AGGGAGGUGCCCUCAUGCAGCACGUGUGUGCUGGGGCCAGAGAAGCGGCUGGGACGGGAGUUUGUGUCCUGUGCGAGCUGCUUCCCUGGGCUGUUCCCAGCAAGGAGCCUCUUUGCUUGCAGGAGCCCGUGAGCUUUGCGCAGGUGGCCGUGUAUUUCAGCAGGGAGGAGUGGGCGCUGCUGGACCCUGCGCAGCGAGCGCUCUACCGGGACGUGAUGCUGGAGACGUACCAGUGCGUGGCCUCGCUGGCUCCACUUGCAGCCCCCAAACCCAUGGUGAUCUCCCUGCUUGAAGGAGGAGAAGAGCCCUGGAUCCCAGAUGUGCAUAGCCCUGAGGCCGUGCCAGGAGACCUCAGCCCAGGAACUCAUAUUACAGAUAUAUUGGAGGAUCUGCAGGAAAGUGGUGUGGCCGAAAGGCGAUACAGUAGUGCCUGUGUGGAAGAAAUCAGAAGGGAUGUCCAAGGAGGCCUGGAGCAAGGUCAGGGUGAGCACAUCAUGAAACCACAGGGAAAGUGUCUGCGAAAGACAGGAAGCGCCCCACUGGACUUCAGCAUAGGUCAAGAGGAGCCUGAAGAACCCAGGAGCAAGGAUGUGUGCCUGAAGAAAAAGCAGAAUCCAUGCACCGAGUGUGGAAGUAGCUUUGAAAAAGAUUCCAGCAUCAUUAACCACCAGUGCAUACGCUCAGCAACGAGUCCAUACACGUGCUGUGAUUGUGGGAAGUGCUUCAAAAGCAGAUCCCAACUCACGUACCACCAACGCAUCCACACAGGAGAGAGACCCUACAGGUGCUCUGAGUGUGGGAAGAGCUUCACAAGGAGUUCUUGCCUUAGGUUCCACCACCGCAUCCACACAGGAGAGAAACCCUUUCAAUGCACUGGGUGUGAGAAGAGCUUCAAAAGCAGUUUUGAAUUGAAGCUGCACCAGCGUGUACACACAGGAGAGAAACCCUACAAGUGCAGUGAGUGUGGGAAGAGCUUCAGAAGCAGUUCUGAACUAAAGCGCCACAAGCGCUUCCACACAGAGGAGAGACCCUACAAGUGCUCUGAGUGUGGGAAGACUGUAAAAAGCCAUUCCCACCUCAUCUACCACCAGCGUUUCCACACAGGAGAGAGACCCUGCAAGUGCUCUCAGUGUGGGAAGAGCUUCAAAAGCAGUUCUGAUUUGAAGCGCCACCAGCGCAUCCACACAGGAGAGAGACCCUACAAGUGCAGUGAGUGUGGGAAGACCGUAAAAAGCAGUUCCCACCUCAUUUAUCAUCUACGCUUCCACACAGGAGAGAGACCCUACAAGUGUCCCGAGUGUGGGAAGAGCUUCAAAAGCAGUUAUGAAUUGAAGCUGCACCAGCGUGUACACACAGGAGAGAAACCCUACAAGUGCUCUGAGUGUGGGAAGAGCUUCAGAAGCAGUUCUGCAUUGAAGCUGCACCAGCGUAUACACACAGAGGAGAGACCCUACAAGUGCUCUGAGUGUGGGAAGAUGGUAAAAAGCAGUUCCCACUUCAUCUACCACCAGCGCAUCCACACAGGAGAGAGACCCUUUCAGUGUCCUGAGUGUGGGAAGAGCUUCAAAAGAAGUUCUGAAUUGAAGUGCCACCAGCGCAUCCACACAGGGGAGAGACCCUUUCAGUGUCCUGAGUGUGGGAAGAGCUUCAAAAGAAGUUAUGAAUUGAAGUGCCACCAGCGCAUCCACACAGGGGAGAGACCCUUUCAGUGUCCUGAGUGUGGGAAGAGCUUCAAAAGAAGUUCUGAAUUGAAGCAACACCAGCGCAUCCACACAGGGGAGAGACCUUUUCAGUGUCCUGAGUGUGAAAAGAGCUUUAAUCGCAGAUCUAGUCUCAACAUCCACCAGCACAUCCACAGCGCACCCAGGCUGUAGAAGCAUCUCAAGACGCUGGGAACCUUCAAAAGCAGUUCCAGCCCCGUUACCUACCAGCACAGCCACACAAGAUACAGAGCCUGCAGACACAUGAACAUGGUAAGAGCUUCAGCCAGAGUCCCAGCUUAGUGACCAACUAUGGCUUUGUGUGGUGAGGGACCUUACAAAUCCCUUGAGUAGAGGAAGAGCUCUGCGGCCAAACUGAAUCCUCUUUUCCGUCUUUCCAUGAGAAUUAUGCAUAUUGCUCUCCUUCAGCUGUAGUUGCUGUGUUGAGUGGCCAUACAAAGCAGAGUCCAGGGUGGGAUGUGUCACAGCCACAGGAAACCCUCUGCCAGGUGGCACAUUUCUUCCAGGGCUGUGUGCAAGGAGAGUCACCUCUGAUCUCCCCUGCAGAAAUUCCUCUGCUGUGGGGCAGCAGGUAAGGACCCAAAGGAGACCUCAGCUGGGCCGAUAUGUCACCAGGAAGGAAGAAAUCUUGUGUGCAGGUUGUGUGGAAAGAGCUUCAUCUGGAGCUCAACCCUUAGUAGUCCCCAGAGAACCAACCAGGGGAGUCUCUGUGAGUGCCUUGACUGCAGGAAGAGGUCCGUCCAGAGCUAGGAGCUCAACACACACCAGUGUAUCCACGUGAGGAACCCUACAAAUGUGCAGCCUGGAAGAAGAUCUUUGGCCACAGCUGGAACCUGCUGAGAUACCAGAGUGUCUGCACUUGGGUGAAGUCCAAUCCGUGCCUGCACCAGUGAGUUCAUGUGGCAGGAAGCCUUAGAAAUGCCUGAAGUGUGAGAAGGGCUUUGUGCAGAGGGCAGAGCUCCUCACUUGCCCUGCAAGUGUUUCUGGUGCAUCACUGGCACCCUCUGCAGAAGGGACUUAAGCCAGGAGCUUCAGAUGGCCUUUCCUUGCUGCCCUAAGCAGUUCUCUCACCAUGCCCGCUUUCCUCUUCUGCUCUUCCUGCCAGCAGCUUUUUGAUGCCGUUUCCUAAGGAGAAGUGGCUGUGUAGGGAUGUUCUGUGUGUCUGUGCAUGUGUUGCUCUCAGUAAUUUGUGAGUGCACUGAUGAAUCUGUGGGAAGGGUCAGGAGAGCAGUAAUGUGACUCUUGGAGGUUUUCUGAGAACCAUUUGUAGUGGAAAGGGAAGGGGGUGAAUAAAGUAGCUGAGUUGUUCUGAAGCUUUCUUCAA